AUCGUCAAAAUGGCUGCCAAUGAAGGGGUCGACGCCCAGAUCAACACGGCCGCAUCGAUAGAGUACUGGAACAAUGUGCCAGCGACGGCCAACGGGAUGCUGGCCAUGCUGGGGGCGUACCCGUGGUACACACGCAUCGACCUGAGGGGAUCGCGGUCCUUUCUCGCCCGCGUCCGCCGCCUGAUCCCCGGCUGCACGACAGAGGGCCGUCUGGCGCGCGCGGUGGACUGCGGCGCAGGCGUUGGUCGCGUCACGGAGGGCUUUCUCGGUCUGGUGAGCGAGGCAGUCGACGCCGUGGAGCCCGUGGCCAAGUUCACGCAGGUGCUGCAGGCGAGCGCGCUGAAACGCGAGCAGAAGAUCAUCCAAGACGUGUACACGAUGGGGCUCGAGGACUGGCAGCCCGACAAGGCGUACGAUCUGGUCUGGAUCCAGUUCUGUCUCGGCCACCUGAAGGACCAGCAGCUGUGCGAGCUGCUGCAGCGCUGCCGGGCCGCCCUGACGGCCACGGGGGUCAUCGUCGUCAAGGAGAACCUGUCGACGCAUCCGCAGGGCCAGGACAUGUACGACGAGCUCGACAGCAGCGUCACUCGCACCGACGACAAGUUCAGGGCUCUCUUCGACCAGGCGGGCCUGCGACUCAUUGCGUCGGAGCUGCAGCUGGGCUUUCCCAAGACAUUCAAGCUUCUUCCCGUGCGUUUCUAUGCAUUACGCAAGAUUAACUGAAAGAAUAGUAAUAUAUCAAUAUCAUUAAUAAUCUCAUGUAGUUAGCCCACUAGGAGGUUACAUCUUAUCUUAUCUUACUCAGGCAACAAUAUUACUUCUCUCUCUCACUC